AUGCCAUUGGCAACAGAACCCCUUAGCAAACGAAGAAAGCCCAAUGAUGAUGAGGCUUUCCCAGAGAAUGUCCUGUCCAUGAACCAUGAUAGCGCUGUCUCAGCAACCGUCACGCCAACCAAAACACCCGAGGAACGGCAUGCGACUGAACUAAAGGCUGCCAUAGACAAGGAUACCAACGCUCAGUACAGCGUUGAAAUCCAAGAUGUGACACGCAACAACGAGGUGAACAAACCAACCGACGAGGAAAAGGACGAGAAAGCAGAAGCAGAAGAUGUAGACAACAUGGUUGUGAAACUGCUAUUGCAAGACUUGCGAUUGGCCAGGUCUUAUCAUGAAGCUAAGGAGGCAAUUAAUAAGCUAUUCCAACAUUUGCAUACUGAUGAUGCAAAGGUUUAUGACCCACGACAGACAACCGAUUCGUAUCGUUACACGGAUGAAAUUUCUCGGCCCGUUGCCAAGUUCAUUGCGAAAUACGAUGGCGUGUUUGCGAUAUUCAUGGCGUUGAACGACUUUCUGGAUGAUUCAAGAUCACAUACUUUCGCCUGCAAGGCAGUUCGUCUUUUAAAUUUGAUCUCUGGUUUGGUCCCAGAAGCUGCUCGACAACUUAUCAAGUGCUGUGCCAUCCGAAGCUUGGUAAAACUUGCCAGCCGAGAAGUGGAUGCCCAUUACUGCCAGCUGAAGAAUCGCGAUCGACUCAGAGGCAAUUUUGAGUAUUCUAAACAGUCCAAUAUGGUUGGUAUCUUGUGGAAUUUGGUUGAUACUUUGAGUUGGAAAGUUUGCAAGGAAACAGUUACGGAAGAAACCCUGGAUUUUGUCAUUUCAGCUAUCAAGAAGUACCCGGAAGAUGAGUACACGCAAGAAGUCGGCAUCAACUAUCUAAUAUAUGUGGGGAAGACUGGAGAUUCCGCGCUAGUAAAGAUGUUGCAAGAGAAGAAAGUGUGCCAUUUGUUUGUUGAAGCUUUGGACCAGUUUCGAAAUAAAAGUGUCAGAGUCAAAGAGAAGGCCCAAGAAGCCAUGGCAUUGUACGCGCACAUUUGA